AGCAAUGCUACAAUUACAACAUAAAGUAGGCUAUAAAACUAAGCAGUGAUGUGUCAACACCAUUCGUGUGUUUUGUGUUAAGCUGAGGAGACGAUGGACUCAAAAGACGAAUUUGUUGUAAGGAGAUCAACAAGUUUGAAGACAGUGACCGAGAUUUAUCAAGAUAUAAGCCAAAAGCUAAACGACAAAUCAGAGAUCAGUGUUGAGUUACUGGAGAAGACUGUGGGACUGAAGAAAGAGAAAGCAGAUGAAGGCGAUUCAGAAGGUGUUUUUCUCUUGGGACAGUUGUAUUUUGAAGAGGGCCGCUAUGCAGAAGCUGAGAAGAUCUUUGAUGACAUAAAAGAUCAAGACCCCAGAGCUUUGUAUCAGCUGGCUGUCAUAUUUUAUGAUGGCCUUCAUACCAAAGAAGACUUUGGCAGAGCAAUUGAGUACAUGAGAAGAGUUGCAUUCUGGGAUUCCUCAGAUGUGGGCUCUAUCAGAUACGCAGCGCUGUAUAAUUUGGGCAGGGCAUAUUUGGAAGGCUGUGGUGUCCUGGCAUCUAGCACCGAAGCAGAGAGGUUUUGGCUCCUGGCAGCUGAUGAUGGGAACCCAAAUGCAAAUGUAAAAGCUCAGUCAGCAUUAGGCAUGUUUUACUGCAGACCUGAGACCCUCAACCUCAGAAAGGCGUUCCUCUGGCACUCUCAGGCCUGUGGAAACGGCAGUCUGGAGUCCCAGGGCGCUCUGGGUGUGAUGUAUCUUUAUGGAUAUGGAGUACAGAAGGAUCCAGAAGCGGCUCUGUACUGUCUGAAGGAGGCUGCAGAGAGGGGGAACGUCUACGCCCAGGGCCACCUGACCGCCUGCUACUACCACCGAAAACUCUACUCAAGAGCGGCCUGUCUGGGGGAAAGGUUGAGCAAAUAUGAGAACAUCAGUGCCAUAGCUCGAAGCACAGAUUGUCUGGAGGAAUACAUCCGCAAGGGAAUCACCAUCGGCACGUUCUACUUCGCACAGUGCCUUCAGCUGGGCAGAGGCGUCCAACAGCAGAAAGAUAAAGCACAGAGCUACUUUACACAGGCUGCAAAGAUGGAUCCACAGAUCUGCAAAAAGCUGCAUAUGGACGCUCUGUACAGCAGGAUGUAAAUUAUAACAGCAAUCCCACAAUACUUGAAAUUAACAUUGUUAUAGAAAUUUUGAUUUUCACUGCUACUUAUCAAGAUUUUCUAAAAUAAUUUAAAAUAAUGCAUUUUCAAGUGUACAUUUAAAAAAUCUAUCCGAUUUAUAUGUAACACUUUACUGUGUCUGUUUUAAGUUUGUAUUAGCGAACAAUAAACAAUAUAGUUUUUCAGCAUUUAUUAAACUUUGCUAAUGUUAGUUAAUGUCAACAUACAACUGUUCAUUGUGCAUUAACAAAUAUUAACCACUUAAAGAUUAAAAAAGUAUUAAUAAUGCUGAGAUUAACAUGGCAAAUGACAUGGCAGAGGUGUGGUAAACUCGGAAUGCAUUUUCAAAUAAUCCACGUUGAAUUUUGCAACAUCCAUCAUGCGGUAUGUAAAUGAAAACACAAUCCCAAAGGUGUCCUACCUAUAAAUGUAAAAUGCAUUUAGGGAAAAUAACAUUUAAAUACGCAUUUUGCUACAGUUUUUGCUUGAUCAUCUAAUAAUUUUAAGUAAAACAUUUCAAUUUAAUUUUGCAAUUUAUAAGGCGUUAAAAACUGCAUUUUAAUUACAUAUCAAAACUAGUGUUGAAAUUGAGAAUGUAAAUUAAAUUAUUUAAUUUGAAGUUUCAUUUUGCA